UAAUCAUAGUUUGGUUAUCGAGCCCCCUUUGUUUAGUUUGUCUUACCACCGCUUACGGAACACUUCUAAACGCAUAGCUCUUCAUAAAGAUAUCCAAAAAUGUCGUCACGCAAGACAGCUGGUCGUCGCGGGACGAACAAGAAGCGCGCCCAGCGAGCGACUUCCAACGUGUUUGCGAUGUUUGAUCAAGCUCAAAUCGCAGAAUUCAAAGAGGCCUUCAACAUGAUUGACCAGAACCGAGAUGGGUUUGUUGACAAGGACGACCUGCAUGACAUGUUGGCAUCACUUGGUAAGAACCCAACGGAAGAGUAUUUGGAAAGUAUGAUGAAUGAAGCUCCAGGGCCCAUCAACUUCACCAUGUUCCUUACUCUGUUCGGCGAGCGGCUGCAGGGUACCGACCCUGAGGACGUCAUCAAGAAUGCAUUUGGUUGUUUCGAUGAAGAGAACAACGGAGUAAUUCACGAGGAGCGACUCCGCGAGCUUCUUACCACGAUGGGUGACCGGUUCACCGAUGACGACGUCGACGAGAUGCUCCGAGAAGCACCGAUCAGAGACGGGAUUUUCGACUACGUCGAGUUCACCCGUAUUCUUAAGCACGGCGCUCAUGACAAAGAUGAGCAGUAAACAGGUUAUUUGGUUCACUUUUGUUUUCAUUUUAAGUUAGGAAGAUUUAAAAACUGAAUAAUACCAUAACAUUGUUCCUUACUACACUAACUUUAACGUUUGAUAGAAGUUCUUAAUAUCUUUCACACAAUUAUUACACCACGCGAUUUCAAGGGCCCUGCGUCAACAGUGGGCGUGGACCCUAAUUAGGGCGCCGUUCUUAUUAACGUAUAAGUUGCCCAAAUUAGGGACCCUAACUGAUUAACAUUAUAAUUAUUAUUACAUCUGUCUAAAUUAGGUUUAGGGUCUCUUGAAAUCCGUUAGUGUAAUAAGCGUUUUACUGAAAAAAAUCAUAAUGUUUAUUGUGGCAGUGCUAUUUUAUAGAUUUGCAAGUUGCUUCGUCCAAAAAUUUUUUUUUAAAGAAAUCACGGGCUGAUGUCACUUGUCGGGAGGACAAUAAUUGUCUUGUGAUAUUUGUUGUUUCUAUUAUCAAUUGACUGGUUUUUAUUGUACAAUAAGUGUAAAAUCCAAUACUGCGACGACACCACGUCAUUUAUCUCGAAUACCCCAUCAACAUACUUCCAAAAUGUCGGCCAUGUCAUAAAACUCCUUACUGGCAAAAUGGCUCCCCCAAUCUGAAGUAGAUAAAGUUGCCAUACGAAACAAAUACACUAACGUAUGUAACUUACAAUUUUAAUCAUAAAUGAAUUUACAUCAGUACAUACAAUAGGAAAUGCUGUAUCAAAUUCUAUAAAUAUAAAAAAAGUUCGUCAUAAUUCUGCCUAAUUCGUACGAUUUAUGAUACUUACAUUUAUGUAUAUAACCGACAUAAUUACGGAUAAUUAAAAAAAAUGGUUUCUAAGCACAUGUACUAGAGUUUAAAUUUAUAUUAUA